AUGGCGGCCGAUCCGUAUGUAAUACUCUGCGAGGCUAACCCACAGGUGUGUUUAGACUUUGCGCAACACGCCUUUGAGGAGCCGGUGCAGUGUGUCGCAGACCAUCUGUCUGGAUAUGCUAAAGCUGUCGCUGAAUCCACCCCUCCCAGCAACACAAUUACCCUCUUCCUUCAUCCACGGUACCACAAAGUGGCGGGGUUGGAGAGGUUUCUUGGGGGUCUCACGCUCUUGCGGCUCAUCAGGUGCCGAAUAACCAACAUAGAGGAGGCAGCCAAGGUUACGGGGCUUCGAUUCCUAUGGCUGGACGACAACAGGAUCACACACGUUGCAGAACUAAGCGCUCUUCCUCGUCUCGAGUACCUUUCGUUGCCUGACAACCACCUGACUGAUAAAUCGUUAUCAGACCUAAAGUCCACAAGCCUACGAGGUCUGAACGUUGCAAAUAACCCUGUGUUUUACACUACAUGGCUAGCAAACCUUCCAAACCUUGUCCAUCUCGAUAUCUCGAGGACAAACAUAUCAAAUUUCAACGCUCUACCCGUGCUUUGCCCCAAGCUUUACUCCGUUGACAUUUCUGCAACGAGGGUAUACAACUUUGUUUCGUUGCUAAACAUGCUGCACGGCUCCUUCCCCAUGCUUCGCUCUAUUCAUGUUGAGUCCCGGGCCGGCCGCACUCCAUUCUUUGAGUUGAUGAGCUUUGCAGAAAUCGAGCAAUUUUUCGCGUAUGUCAUUACCAAAUACGACCUUCAGCUGCGCACAAUCAACGGAUUGCAUUAUACUGCCAGCGACAUCACCAAGAACUACUCUUUGUGUUGCGCAGCCCCAUCAGUUAAGCAGUACAAACUAAUCUCUCUGAUGCUAAACCUAGACCUGAACCAGUUUAUUGCGGCAUGUGACGCCUACACCCGGCCUUUUCUCAGGGAAAUUUACAAAAGCUACGAGCGACUUAAGUGCGACCUUAUGGACCUUCGCUUGUUAUUGCUCUGCAAGGAGCACGUGAAUGAUUACAUAAGUGCCACAGAAGCAGAAAAUGCUGAGGGCAUGCGCAGAGAUUUUGCUGAGUUGCAUAAGCUAGGCUUUGUCGAGUUGAACAAUUUGAACCAGGGUUUAGCCGCUGCUUUGGCUCUAUUACGCCAACUAUACCUUAGAUAUCACGAAGUUGUUGGUCUCUCCUUCCUUAAGAUUGACCUUUUCAAGGCAGUCACAGGCUUAUCCGAGGAGCUAUUCCCUCAGAGGAAGGCUCAACUAGAAGAUGCUCUUUCCAGAUUCACAGUCUUCUCAACCCUUCAUAGUAAUCGCAUAGCUGACACGUACUUCAGUAGGCAAAAGUAUCAGGCACUUGAGAUAUCUGAGACGUGCAUAGCGCCUACGCUGAAUUAUCUUGAGGAAAUCUCGUCCAUGAAACAAGACCCCCUUAUGUAUGUCUGCAUGUCUGACAUCUUUGACAUGAAUAGAGAAGACGUUUACAAGGAUACGGCGUUUCCACUCAACAUCUUCGGUCUAGUGCACGAGAUUAUAGGAGCUAACAUCAUCUGUGCAACUGGCAAAGUGCUAAAUUUAAAUGUUAUUCACAGAUCUGCCAUAGUGAAGGCAGAGGCAACGGAGGAAACAAACGAGAAGAUCACAGAGGUCCUCACGGAGGACAUUUAUAAGCAGUACUUUCAAAUGGCCUCUAAAACUACUCAAAGGCAACAUCACCCCUUCAAUAUUCGCCCUGGGCUGCGUCGAAUACCCUUGUAUGAUGAAGGUCAGCUGCUAGAUCUGAUCGCUAAGAUUCGGAUAGGUGAGCCCCUAGUGCUCAUCGCUGUCAAGCUGUCUGAUCAGACAAUAGCUGUUCAUGAUGGUAGAAAGCAUCUAGACAUUAACACGACUAUGUACACUACCGUAGGAACAACUAUUAUCUACCGUAAGGGACCGGUGUCUAAAGUGGCCCAGAAAUCACGGGCUGAACAGUUAUCUGAGACAGUGGUGGAGUGCUCGCCUAUGGUGGCUACUGAGCACCGUAUUCCCCUGUUCUAUUCUUCCCAUGAUCCAUUACUUCAGUGGCUAUUGACCAUGGUGUGGCAGCAAUACAAGACACAUAUUGAUGCAUUAAGCAAUGUUAUCCCAGACAGCGCCAUUGCAUGCACAGAGGUUGGGCAAGAAAACACAUCACCCAGGGGUGUCAAGUCCAGGCCCGGGCCCGGGCAUACUGCCUCAAUAGCCCCGCCAAGGUUCACCCCUCUGGUGAAUCUGAUUGCCCAUCAAGGCCAGAUCACACCAGACAAGAUUGCAACCGAACGAGACUCCAUAACAGUUCAGCAGCCCGCAAGUACCGCCCGCAUGGUCGACCUACAUAACUGUGGACUCACAUCUACACAGCUUCAGGAGCAUCCUGAUCUUCUCAGUAGCUACUCGAGCGCAGAAAGGCUUUCCCUGGCAUGCAACUUAUUAACAAGUGUCUCUAUUUCUUUGCCAAGCUUAAAGUGUUUAGAUCUAUCUUCAAACAUGUUGAAAGAGAUAGCGAUUGAUUGCCCCAAUCUGAUAUUCUUUGACGUUUCCUCUAAUAACAUUUCUUAUGUAUCCGAUCUCUUGCGAGGUUUGUCCGCUGCCACACGCCAAAGCCUCAGACACAUAGUUAUCUUUGAUAACCCAUUCACCAUCCAAUCCUCCAUCAACCUGUACUAUGCGUUACACAUCAUCGGGUUCCUCCCCAGCCUCCAGUCAAUAAAUGGGCGCAUGAUCAAGCCCCUCAUUGCUAGGAAGAACAUGGCCGGUAACCCAGCGAUGCUCUGUGAAGUAUUUAAUAUAACAAUUGAGAGCAAGGACCUUACAGAAAUGGUGGCACUUCUUGAUCUUGAUAAUGCUUCUCCGUGGAUGACAGAGACUUACAAUUUGAUGAAUCCAUCCUCUGCCUCAACAGGCACGGCAAUUGUAGCCCGCACAUACUUUGAGCUGUCUCCUGUGAUUCUUGGGCACCAUAUAAAUUAUUCCAUGAUAGGGGCCUUUGACAUCCCCAAGACGCUUCCAGAUACACUGCUGUCAGUCGAUCUAUCAUAUAAUUUUGUGGUCAAGCCAAGCAACCUACUAAGUUAUGGCUCCAUUCAAGUGCUUAAUUUGAGCAACUGCAAAAUCACGUCCAAGACGCUUGACUUAUUGGCACAUUCCCUGGAUCGUCUCGUCGACUUAGACAUAUCUUGUAACAAUAUAACAAGCAUCAAUUCGCUGGCCACGUACAGUGAGACAUUGACCACUCUGCAUAUGAACUGCAACCCAGGUUUAGAAAUAGAUACUCUGCCUGAUCUUCCCCAACUACGUACUGUAUCCUGCCUUGGCAUCAAAAGCUCAGCAGAGAAGGUCGCAAUCACUUUGUCCAAUCGUUGCAGUAACUGUACGCAUGUCAUACUUCCCCCAUCGGACCCUGUUCCUGGCAUCAUCUACAUGCUUCCUCUUCAGUGUCUCAAUUGUGUCUCCAUAGACCCUUCCACGAUACGGCAGAACAGGCUGAAGCUGGUCGGCUCUCUCAACCAAGAGAUAGUUACUUCGUUAAACGCAUGGAAUGGCAAGAACACCCUGAGUCUCUCUAACUCCGGGAUCAUGACCUUGAACUUUGAAAAGUCAAUAUCGCAUAUAGUGACCGCUGCAGAGACAAUCUUUGCCAGUGGCAACGCAAUCACCAAUAUAUCAUCUCUCAAGGAGUUUUCGAGCCUCAUCCAAAUAGACCUCUCUUACAAUAAGAUCUCAGACCCUUUUAAUGGGCUAAAGUCCAACACCCUGGAGGCUCUCAACGUCUCCUAUAACCCAAUAGGAUCCAUAAAGGUCACAAAUACGAUGCUCCCGUGUCUAAAGUGCCUCAUUCUCCGUGGGUGCAACAUAUCUUCGCUCCCAAAUAACGCAUUCAGUGCAGUAGGUAGGAUGCUCACCUAUCUUGACAUAGGUGAGAACCCUCUUAUAACCGUCUCCAAGGACUGCUUCUCUGGACUAGUUAAGCUCAAGACUCUCAAAUGCGAUUUGUGUAACAUUCGUAGCGUAGAAUUUCUUGAGCCCCUCACGUCUUACGGGACCCUACUUCUUUUAGAUCUCAGGGCAAAUAAAAUCCACAAUGGAGACAAAACCCUUGACACACUGAAGAAGCUACGAUCUCUAACAAAGCUAUUUGUCGCUGAGAACCCUUUCAGUGUGCGGGAAAAGAACAUAGCCGAGUUCCGGGUUAAGCUCUUCUACACUAUUGAAAACCUAGUUGAGCUUGAAGGCAUUGCCAAGACUGCGGAAGAGGUAUCACGGCUAGAACAGUACAUUCAGUGGCGACUAGAGAAAGAUGCCAAAAGUGAGGUACAGAUAGUACGAUUCACCAUUGGAGAUGCAGCACACAGCACAAGUCAGCCUGUGCUGCCCCUUGUCAAAAAUGAUCAUAUUGCAAACACUGCUAAUUCUUCUCGCUCAACAGAAAGACCGUCAAUCGGUGCAACGAGAAGGUUUAGUGGCCACGCAGCAUCCAAGCCUACUUUAAACGGCAUAGUUAUAACCGGCAUUACAAGAAAAAACACAUAG